AUGGACACCCUAUCCGGAAGUCAAACCACAAAUCAGAUGCAAACAGAUUCUUUAUCUCCAUCCCCCAAUCCUGUGUCACCUGUGCCUUUGAAUAACCCAACAAGUGCCCCAAGAUUUGGAACAGUGAUUCCUAAUCGUAUCUUCGUUGGAGGAAUCGACUUUAAGACUAAUGAAAAUGACUUAAGGAAAUUUUUUGCCCAGUAUGGGUCUGUGAAAGAAGUGAAGAUUGUAAAUGACAGAGCUGGAGUGUCAAAAGGGUAUGGUUUCAUCACUUUUGAAACACAAGAAGAUGCACAAAAGAUUUUGCAAGAGGCAGAGAAACUUAAUUAUAAGGAUAAGAAACUGAAUAUCGGUCCAGCAAUAAGAAAACAACAAGUAGGGAUCCCUCGUUCCAGUAUAAUGCCAGCAGCUGGAACAAUGUAUCUGACUACUUCAACUGGCUAUCCUUACACCUACCAUAAUGGUGUUGCAUAUUUUCAUACUCCUGAGGUAGCUUCUGUUCCACCACCUUGGCCUUCACGUUCUAUAUCUAGUUCCCCUGUGAUGGUAGCUCAACCUGUUUAUCAGCAACCUGCAUAUCAUUAUCAGGCACCUGCACAAUGUCUUCCAGGACAGUGGCAGUGGGGAGUCCCCCAGUCUCCAGCUUCUUCAGCCCCAUUCUUAUACCUACAGCCAUCUGAGGUUAUUUAUCAACCAGUAGAAAUUGCACAAGAUGGUGGGUGUGUUCCACCUCCUCUCUCUCUAAUGGAAGCUUCAGUUCCAGAGCCUUAUUCUGAUCAUGGAGUUCAAGCAACAUAUCAUCAGGUUUAUGCCCAAAGUGCAAUUGCCAUGCCUGCACCAGUAAUGCAGCCUGAACCAAUUAAAGAACCAAGGUUACAUCCUGUGAGAAGAAGCUUUUCUCAGCCUUCAUCUGUGGGACUGAAACCUCGAUAUACCCGAAGCCCUCACUUUCAUCCUAGGAAAGAAUUCAGAGCAGAAGAUUCAAUUCUUACUCCACCUUCUUCUACUGACUCUGUUAAGUAA